CAUGUUUUCACUUCGAUUUGAAAUAAAUUUUACCUUUCUACAUAGUAAAAAUCUAUUCGUCAUUUAAGUGCAUACCAUAUACAAUUUUUUGAUAUAUUCAACGUUUGAUAAGUACAUUUUCAAUAAAAAAAAGUCACAAAAAACUUCGUCACAAUGAUCGAAAUGGAAACAAUUUAUACAGAUUUUAAAGAAUUGUCGAAAGAGGAAAUUUUAAGUUAUCAAAAUAUCUUCGAACGUUACAAUAUUAAUGGUUUUUUGACUGAGGGUGGGCUAAAAGAAAUGAUGGUGCAAUCAAAAGUACCAUACACACAUGAUGGUUUACAAUCUAUUAUGGCCGAAUUUGAUGUAGACAACGACGGAAAAUUGAAUUUUCGAGAGUUUUUGGCUAUUUAUAAAAAAGCGAAAGAUGAAAAUGAAGGUAUGGUCGAUGAAACUCGCAACGGUACAAAUGAGCAUGCGCAGAAAAAAGUAUGUGGUAUUGAUUCAUGGAAGAUUACUACCAAAAUAAUAAAAAAAAUCCAAAAAUAUUGUUCUGGAAUCCAAUUUUAAAUAAUAGUUUCGAAAAAUGUAUUCAUAUAAGAUCUAAUUCUAGAAUCAUUCACAAUAUUGCUGAUGAUAAUAAAUAGCAAAUAAAAUCAAAA